GCAAGAAUAGAGUAACAUAAAACAGAAAUGGAGGAUAAUAAGAAGAAUAGGAUUCUUGUAUUUGGUGGAAGUGGUUACAUAGGAAAGUAUGUGGUGAAGGCGAGCAUCUCUUUAGGUUACCCAACUUUUGUAUACACUCGUCCUGUUAACUCACAAACUUCUCCCUCUACGAAACAAUUUUGUGAGGAAUUCCAAUCUAUAGGAGUUAAAGUAGUGGAGGGGGAACUUGAGCAUGACCAACUAGUUGCGGUGAUUAAACAAGUUGACAUUGUUAUAUGUACGUUUGGAUACCCUCAAGUUUUGGAGCAACUCAAAAUUAUUGAUGCUAUCAAAGUUGCCGGUAAUAUCAAGAGAUUCCUUCCAUCAGAGUUUGGUGUGGAAGAAGAUAGAGUAAAUCCUCUUCCUCCAUUUCAAGCUUUCCUUGAUAAGAAAAGAAAAAUUAGAAGAGAAAUUGAAGCAGCUAAUAUCCCUUAUACUUUCAUUGCUGGACAUUUUUGUGGUGCAUAUUUUGUCAAUUUCUUGCUUCGUCCCUAUGAGAAAAAGAACGAUAUUACUGUAUACGGUGAUGGUAAAAUCAAAGCUGUACUAAAUUAUGAAGAAGAUGUUGGACACUACACUAUUAAAGUGGCAAAUGAUCCACAAGCAUGCAAUCGCAUCGUUAUAUAUCGACCUUCAAAGAAUAUCAUAUCACAAAAUGAGUUGAUAUCACUAUGGGAGCAGAAGACUGGUCAGAAAUUUUCAAAGACUUUUGUUCCUGAGGAUGAGCUUGUUAAGCUAUCACAAACUUUACCUCCUCCACAAGAUAUACCAAUUUCUAUCAUUCAUAGUGCAUUUGUUAGAGGGGACCAUAUAUUUGAUCUAAAAGAUGAUGAUCUUGAAGCUUCACAACUAUAUCCUGAUUAUAACUAUAAAUCCAUUGAUCAACUUCUUGACAAAUUUCUUGUUGAUCCUCCACCUCCUGCAUCUGCUGCUUUUGGAUGAAGUUAUUAUUUUACACUGUGCUUGUGAUGUUGGUUACAAUAAAAGAGUAGGUGGAUGCUCUUGUUUAAUAAUAUUAUUGAAUAAUUUGAGAACACAUGGAGUAUAGUAUCUUUUGUAGUACAAUGCAUUUGAGAAAUAAUACUUUGACAUCAAUAUUUUGAUGUCAAAUUCAAUGUA